ACACUAGUUACACAACCUUCAGACAGUAUAAAACGUCUACAAUAUUAACCCUCAUUAUACCUACUGACAAUCCCUGAUAAUGGUUCACACAGCUAUAUUGUUGGUUUCAUUGGUUUGUAAAACAGUACAGACAUUUCAUGUUAUGUCGGAACCAGAUCCCGGAUUUGAUACAUUUUUCACAACUAACUUGGAAGAGAUGCUGGAUGUACCUAUUCAUUUUGAUAAACCGCUACCAUCAUGGCUACGAGGUACUCUGAUCAGGAACGGAUUAGGGAUGUUUGAAGUUGGUCAUCGAAACUUUACCCAUUCCUUCGACGCCUUUGGUAAACUAGCCAGUUGGAAGUUUUAUGGUAAUGGGUCAGCAUCGUUUAGUACGAACUUUAUAAAAUCAGAUUUUUAUAAGGACUCCAUUGCCAAAGAUGACAUUGCUCCGUAUUUAAUGUUUGAAUCAGUCAAACCGUCUUUUAAUGAAUUUCAGAAAAUGGAGGCCCUGGUAAGGGGUAUAGACAAUAUGAAUGUUAACGUUUAUAGAUUUUUCAAUCGACAGGGUAAUAAUUACGAGUAUGCUGUUCUCAAUGAUUUUUGGAAAAUUUAUCAAAUCAACCCGACCAGUCUAGAUACAAUUUCACCAGUUACUGCAGAUCUGCCACAUAAAGGUCACUCCGGAAGUUACACUUUCUUAAGUUUUCUGUCUACAGCGCAUCCUCUUCCAGAAUACGGAACAUCGAAUCAUUUCACUUUUGUAAGCAGCGUCAGCCUAAUUCCAGGUAUCAAAAGUAGAAUUUCAUUAAUACGUAUAAAAUCAAUGGAAGAAAGAGAGGAAAUUGCUUCAUGGCCAGUCGAUCGAGUCCCAUAUAUGCACUCGUUUUCGGUAACUAAAAACUAUGUUAUCAUAUUUGCUGCACCAUUUUUUGUUAAUGUGAUGAAUAUGGUCCGAUAUGCAGCUCCAAUAAAAGGUUUAGAUUGGAAAGCAAAUGAACCAACAACCGUAUACGUAAUUAAUUUAAAAACAAAGGCUGUAACAUCUCUGGAAACAGACAAUGUUUUCACUAUGCAUCAUGUUAAUGCUUUUGAAAGUGGCAGUGAAAUAAUCGUUGACAUUUCAUCAUACCCUAGUCCCAACUUUGUUAAAAACUUAGAAGUUUCUAUUCUUAAGGAUCCUAUUAAACGCAAUUUAUUUGAUGCGCAUGCUUAUUUAAGACGAUAUAUAAUAAACUUGUCUAAAGAGAGUAUUAUGUUUGAACCAAUACAGGGAUCGAAAGCAGUACCGUUUUCUCACAAUUUAGACCUGCCUACGAUAAAUGAAAACUACAGGUAUAAAGACUACUGUUUUGUAUAUGGCCUAGUUCUAAAAAUAGACAAUGUUACUCUGAGUAGAGAGGCGAUUGUAAAGAAAGAUUUAUGCAGGGAUAACAAUGAUAAAUAUUGGUACGUUGAAAAUCAUUAUGCUUCCGAAGCGGUGUUCAUCCCGUCACCGACUAAAAAGACCGAGGACGAUGGGUAUCUGAUAGUGCCAAUUCUUGAUGGUUACCAGAAGAAAAGUUACAUUGCAAUCAUUGACGCAGUUUCUAUGGAAAUUAUUAACAAAGCCGAUUUGCCGACAUACGUUCCAUUUAAUCUUCAUGGUAGAUACUUUGAUGGUGUUCUGUAACAAACAAUAAUCAUUUUGUUAACAAAACAAUGCAGUAGAAGAUAUGACGAUCAAAGGCACUCCGAACAGUCUUAUGUAAGGUUGAACAGGGCUUCUCUGAAGAAUUGCGCAUAUUCCCAUUAUCGUGCUUUAUCAAUAAAUCCUAGUAUGAGUGACCUGAAAUGACCGGUCAACAAGCUGUAUCCAAUAUAUAGCUAGGAACAGAAGAACGAUAAAGAUAACCGACAUCAACAAUUGGUUUAACAACAUUUAAUGCGUAAUAUAUCUUUGUAAACAUAUUUAUUUUGUGAGAUCUGAAUCUGAAUGACCUUUAAUAUUAAAAGCAUAAUGUAUUUCAUUGA